AUGCUGCAGUGUUUCGCGCUGAGGAUAGGACGGGCCCCGUUGGCUGACUGGCGGCGGCGGUGGGUGCAGGUGGGCGGGGCGAGUGCAGAUAGGCUUGUGUUUGAAGGCCCGUUAGUAGUCUAUGCAACGGCUAGUGAUGUCGAGUGCCCAGGCGACGGCCGUGGUGGUGCAGGCAGCGCAGGAGGCCGCGGGGGGGUAUGUGUGCAGGAGAUGGGAGUGGGAGCGGGCGCAGGAGGUGGAAUUGGGAUGGGCCAUCGGCUGGAGCAAGAGCGGCCUAGGUCUUGUCUGUCUGGCCAGCUUGGAGCGGAGGGCGGCGAGCUGGGAGCUGGGAGCUGGGAGCUGGGGGACCUGGGACGCUGCGGCGGCGUUCGGUAG